GGAGGAAGAAGCAGUGGAGGCAGGGGAUUUUGAGGCUGGUGGAGACCGCAGGCAUGGUGCUAAGAGACGGGCAAUGAGAAGGAAGCCUGGAGAUUCUGCGCAGGGUAAUGUAGCCUUGGGAAGGGUCCCCAGGUUAGAGCAGGGAACAGGCCCAUGCUGUAAGACUGGGAAUGCCCUGAUCUACAUAGGUCCAGAAAUGCAGUUAAUGGUGAGAAUUAGAGCUAGGAAAGGGACAGGAAUCAGGACGAGGCUUGACUGGGUUACCACUGCUCAGGCUCUUUGGUAGAUUCUCCAAACAGAUUGACCAGGUCAGCCAGGCUGGGUAGAGGACUCGCACUAAAAGGUCCCCACCAUGUCUCAGCUUCAUGACACUUCUCACCCAGUUCCUCCAUCCAACCUACCCUAACUCACUACUUAGUACCUCUGCUUUCCCAGCCAGGAAUCCCCAGGGCUUUGCCUUUCAUCCUACGGGCAGCUAAAAUGGGGUGCUACCCAUGCCUACCUAAGAUAAAUGCCUACCCAAGAGAAGUCUUGGACUAAGACUUCUCCAAGUCCAGCAGCUGACAAGGUGGUAAAAGAAGUGUGGGAGGGACAGGGAAGAGAGUAAACUUAGAGGACUACCCUCCUUCCGUGUCUCCAAACAGGGCUCCAGGUACACCGCUAGGCCAAGGGGCAGAGGCCAGCAGAGUCAGCCUAGAGCAUUCGAAUGUGGAGUCUCCCCACAUCCCCAUCCCCUUGAGUACCACAUGAAGCCACAAGCCCAAUCUCUCGGCUCAGGAACCAACAGUGGAACCUGGGCUGCCUGCCCAUUGGGCCUUGGGGACCCAAAUGGAAGCUCGCAUUACAGGCUCAUGAAUAACUCAUCACCUUGCUGCCUGCACCUCUGAGAAGCCUAUGUUCCCUAGGCCUGCCCCCCACAACCCCGCCUUGCAUUUCUUUAAACUUUAAUAGGCCCAGGCUCCAAGGCAACUAACUGAGCAGGGUCCACAGAGCUGGGACAAAAGUCUUGAGUGAGAGAACUUAGGCCCAGCUCCCUCAGGCCCUGGGUGGUAGCUGAUAGAGGUGGACCCCAUGGAACAGACCCACUUCCCUAGAACCCUGGCCAAACCCAAGGCAGGAACCCCAAGAGUGACCUCCAGCAUCAGAGCCCUUCUCAGGAGGUGGAGUAAACUGGGGUGCUGAGGUCAAGCUGGGGCUGGAGGCCCCUAGGAGAGUUGUGGGAUAAGGUUGCAGAUACAUCCCAGAGGCAGCAGCCCGGAGACUUGCAGUCCAGAAGUUUCCACCCUGGAUGUGGCACUCCAGCAAGGAGGCAUUCAUCCAAGAAGACCAAGACUCCCCGGAGGCCUGGAAGCAGAGCCCUGGGUAGACCUGCAUGGACAUCCCCAUCAGCACCAGAGAUUUCCACUGCCUGCAGCUGGCCUGUGUGGCCCUCGGCCUGGUGGCUGGCAGCAUCAUCAUCGGUGUCUCCGUGUCCAAGGCUGCUGCUGCUGUGGGUGGUAUCUUUCUUGGUGCCGCUGGGCUUGGAAACCUUCGAAUCCAUCCUAACUCAGGACCAGACCACGGGGAGGGAAGGUCUAGCAACAGCAGCAAUAAGGAAGGAGCCCGUAGCAGCCUGUCCACUGUGACCAGAACCCUGGAGAAGCUGAAGCCUGGAGGCCGGGCAGCGGAGGAGAGCUAAGGCGCUGCCUCCUGUCCCACCCUCCCCUCUCCUGGUACUCCUAUCUCAGGGCCCUCCUUCAAGCUACAAGAUCCAGAAUUGAUGCGUGGGGAAACUAGACCUACCUUCUCUUCCAGCGAGGCUCCUCAUAGCAGAGCCCCUCACUCCUGGCAUCGUUGCAAGACCCUCAGGACCCCACUGGCUUCAGUCCCUCCCCAGGGCUCAUCGCUCUGGACAACAGCUCAACUUUGUUCCCUUGUUGAUCUCUUGUUGGAAUUUGGUCCAGGGUCCUGACUGCAGCCAGAGAUGGUUGGUUUAUCCUGGCCAUAGACGCUGACCACAGGAACCACCGAUGGGGCUCCUGGCUGAGACUGUCAUGUCUAUGUCAGGAGCACAGGUGACCACUGGCGAGGUGGCUUUCCAGCGAAGCCCAAUGCUGACACCAUUGCUAUUGUACUUCUCCACUCGGGGCUUUGAAGCACCUGGCUCCAGACAGGCCCCCAGUAUCCCCUGUUCUCCCCACUUCUCUUUGCAAGGAGAGGACUCCUUGCUGCCUCUAAAAGGCCAGCUCAGAAUCCCAUAGUUACAUGUCCCCUUGUCCUAUUCUAGAAGACUGUAUCUCCUUCUCUCUUGGAACCUCCAGGAAGACUGGAAUUCUUUUUCACAAAAAAAUGAUUGU